UUCGUCAGUUUAUUGCCUUAUAAUGUUGGCAUGAAAAGGAAUCAUUAAAUGUCUACAUUUUCCAUCAUGUGCUAGAAACACAAUUACUGCAAUGGAAUUGUUUUUGCUGUAGGAGACAUUAAAGUUCUAGUUGAAUUUUUCCUUUAAUAUCUAAUAUUUCAGAUGGAAAGACCCGUCUUCCGUGGAAGGAUGGAGACAGUGAAUGAGAUGUAUAAGAUCCCUGUGUUGAUAUCCAAGAGGAUGUUCCAGCUCUAUUCCAGUCACAUGGAGAUCCCGGCUGCAGUUGGAGGGUGUUUCAUCAUAUGGAAUGUUUCCAGUCUUCUUAAUUUCUGGUAUUCAAUGAUACAGCAAUAUGCCAUUCCUUUCUUUAUAAGCAGGACCAAGCAUAUCAGACAGUAUGGAGAAUGGGCUAUAGUUACUGGAGCCACAGACGGCAUUGGUAAAGCAUACGCAGAGGAAUUGGCAAGUCAUGGUAUAAAUAUCAUCCUGGUUAGUCGCAACCCUGAGAAGCUUAAAAAAGUAUCUAAAGCCAUUGCUGCGACUUACAAAGUAAAAACUCGCUUCGUAGUGGCUGAUUUCAGCCUGGGACGUGAAGUCUAUCCGCAUAUUAAGGAGGCUCUGAGAAAUGUAGAAGUGGGUAUUUUAGUUAACAAUGUUGGAGCGUACAAUGAGUAUCCACAGAUCACUACAGAGGUUCCAGAAGAAAAACUAUGGGAAAUUAUUAAUGUCAACAUUGGCGCAGCUGUCAUGAUGGUUCAUAUCGUUCUCCCAGGGAUGGUACAGAGGAAGAGAGGAGCCAUUGUCAAUGUGUCCUCUGCAACUUCUUGCAAACCCACCCCUCUAAUGAACAUGUAUGCAUCUUCCAAGUCUUUUAUGGAUUCAUUUUCUCGGGCUCUACAUUACGAAUAUGCUUCCAAGGGAAUCUUUAUUCAAAGCUUAGUUACAUAUAUAGUAAAGACCAAUAUGACAGCAUUUAGUACAUUCUUGAAGACAAAGCCAUUCGUUGUUCUUGAUGCUAAGGAUUAUGUUCGUCAAGCAGUAAGAACCAUUGGAAUAUCGAAGAGAACAGCAGGACACUUGUCUCACUCUAUCCAGUUUUCGUUAACUUAUUGGAUUCCGGAACGGCUCUGGGUUUCCAUAUUUACCUUUUUCAGCAACAUCCUUCGCAAAGAGAAGAAUCUCAAACCAGUGAAGUUAUAAAAAUGCACCACUCCAAUUUCUCUACCGUUAAAUGUGUUAAAGAUUUGCAGGAGUGGCAUCUAUUUCUGCAUCAGUUACACAAAUUAUAUUGCAUUUACAUACCUCCCAACUUUUUGAGAUGGGAAUGAGGAACACCUAUCAGCAAAAGUAUGCAGGCAUAG